AUGCUGUUCAUCUUGAUGGCAGCCCAUCGGCUCGUUCUUGUGGCGAUGCUGCUCGCUACCACUGCAUCAGCCCAAUCUCACAGCAGCACGACUGGCAUCUCGACCACUUCCACCACUACCUCCACCGCGAUAGCAACCCAUACUGUUCAGGUCGGCUCAAAGGCAGAUCCUCAUCAAUACUCGCCUCAUAAUGUCUCCGCUGCGGUCGGCGAUAUUAUCGUCUUCGAGUUCUAUCCGAGAAAUCACUCCGUCGUGAAAGCAGAUUACCUUGCGCCGUGUGUGCCUGCCAGCGGAGAGAUCUUUUACUCGGGGAUUUUCAAUAGUUUCAAUGAGGAGGAUGGACAGUUGGUUGGACCGCCCCCAACCUGGUCCCUAGUCGUCAACGACACAGAACCCACAUUCUUCUACUGCACAGCCAUAGACUCCUGCAUCGGCAACGGCAUGGUCGGCGUCAUAAACCCGAACUCGACCAUGACCUUCGAAUCCCAAUACAACCGCGCAAAAACCUACCCCUACAUGCUCGUCCCAGGCCAAUCCAUCCCCGCCGAAGGUACCAUCUCCCCGACCUCCACCUCCACCUCAACCUCAUCCCCCUCCAACUCCCCCUCCUCAGGUUCACCCACCCUCAGCACCGGCGCCAUCGUCGGUAUCGUCAUCGGCUCCGUGGCCUUCAUCGCCAUUCUCGGCGCCUUAUUCUUCCUCCUGGGAAGAAAUAGAGUUUACCGGCAGUGGAUGUCGAGUCAAGAUGGGAGGCAUGAGCGUACGGCCAGGUGGGCGGCGCUGUUGAGUCCGGGGCAGAGUACUGGGAAAGGGGGAAGUGGUAGUAAUGCUGCUGGGCAGAGGAAGAGUGAGAUGGAUGGAGGGAGUGCGUUGGUGCCGCAGAGUGAGUUUAGUGGUGCGACUGUUGGUGGGUUGUCGCCGCCGUUGGGGCAGGGGUUAUGGGGGUGGGAUGGGGUGCAGUCGCCACAACAGUCGAUGCAGAUGCAGCAUCAGGUUGGGGGAAUGGGAGGAGGGGUAUAUCAGGGGCCGCAUGGGCAGGGACAGGGACAGGGACAGGUGAUGUAUGAGGCUAUGGUUAGGGGGCCGUCGGAGUUGGAUGGGACGGGGAGGACGUGA